AUGCUGUUCUUGAAGUGGGGCAAGCGUUUCAAGCACGGACGCGGAGGAGUGAAACACAAUUUGAAGAAGGCCUUGGAUUCCUUCUUGAAAGGAGCGGCGCGUGGGUCCACGAUGGCAAUGGUGGACGCCGGGUUGAUUUAUUGGGAAAUGGGAAAAAAAGAGCAGGGUAUUGCUUGGUAUAGAAAGGCAGCUGAGCUUGGUAACCCUACUGGCCAGUGUUAUUUGGGUAUUUCCUAUUUGCAAGCUGAUCCUCCGAAUACCAAAGAGGCAAUUGCUUGGUUAUAUCAAGCUUCAGUUGCUGGUCACGUUCGAGCGCAGUACCAACUUGCUCUUUGUUGGCAUCAAGGUCGCGUGCUUGACCAAAACCUACAAGAAGCGGCUCGCUGGUAUCUAAGAGCUGCAGAAGGGGGACAUGUUCGUGCUAUGUAUAAUAGCUCCUUGUGCUACUCUCUUGGUGAGGGGCUGGUCCAGUCGCCUAGACUUGCAAGGAAAUGGAUGAAAAAGGCAGCUGAUCGUGGUCAUAGCAAAGCACAGUACGAGCAUGGUUUGGGUCUCUUUUCUGAAGGGGAGAUGAUGAAGGCUGUUAUAUACCUGGAGCUUGCCACCCGAGCUGGUGAGACUGCUGCCGCUCGUGUCAAAAAUAUUAUAGUUCAACAAUUGUCAACAACUUCGCGUGAUAGAGCUAUGCAUCUGGCUAACAAUUGGCAUGCUAUACCUUCAACCCGAUGA